AUGAAUUUGACUGACCAGUUACAUGACGUGUCCAUUAGAGCUAUGUUCUUCGAUAAGAAGGCAGGCGAAGCCGUGGAGGCUGCAGGCCAACUAGAUGAUGUGUUGAAAAGUAAGCUCGAUAAGCCUGUAAGUCUGCUUAAGCAGGGCGCUGAAAACUUUAAAUCCGUUAACACAGAUGGCAAACUUCAACAUCAGGCCCGGGCAGUGGACACCGCGCUUACGACUCAAAGAAGCGUUUUGAAUAAUGCCAUUGAACAUCAAUCAAAAAAUGUUCAGGAAGUGCUAAAUAGUGGUUUUGAGAAACUGCAGAGUGAAUUGACUACGUUUAGAACUGUGCAAUUGAAGAAUGAAAUUAAGCAGAUUAAGGCUUCUGUGACCGAAGCCGAAAUUGCAGCAAGUGGAUUGCUUGAGAGAUUUGAGAAUGAGUAUAGGAUAAAGAUUGAGAAGCUAUUUACUGGGUUAAAAGAACAAAUGGAUGAUAUUAAUACCGCAAAUGCCGAUCCCGUUGGAAAACAAUCCAAGCUGAAACAAAAAAGUAAAUGA